UGACUAUGACUAACACGCUAGGUUUUGGGGGUAACAGUAAAUUAGAUGCCUUUGUUGUUCCUGAUUUAAAUUUGCCCAUAUAGGACAGUUUUAAAACUGUCCAAAGAGGACAGUUCAAAACCUGUUCAGAUUGGGCUCAUGGAACACAACAGGCAUUUAAGUCAUGACUCUGGGUUUUUACUUUCCAUGUCCCACCUAUCACUGCCAUGAUCCUACAGACCUCUGCCCCAUAAUUACCCCCCUAAAUUUUAGCAAUAAUUAAACACAGCUGGUCAGCUUAUAUUUGAGCUUUCCUCUGAAGGGACAAUAUUAAUACCCUACCUAUCAUGCAACAUAAAAUUAUCCAGUAUUGCAGUCAUGAUCAUCACUCCUAAACAAAUGUAUGCAUAGUAUUGCAGCUCCUGUUGUUAUUCAAGGACAGCUGAUUAUGCAUUCACAUUCAGUAUUUGAGUUGACUAAACAAAACUGACAUGAAUUAGGUCUGGAAGCAGCAUGCUUUAAAGUCCAGUGCACCACAGCAGAAAGCGCCAACCAUUUAGAUAAACUUUGCUCUAAGUCUAAAAUGUGUACAGCUCAAUGUAAAAUUGAGGUUUAAGGAAUCAAAACAUUUUGCUAUGAUUAAACCCUUUUUUUCUAAUCUUAACAGUAAAGAGUAAAGAGCAUUUAUUCUAAGCACAUGCUCCUUUUUUUUUUACAAAACUUGCACUCCACUUCCUUGUCUGCCUUGUCAUCCCCUGACAGACUCAGCACUAAUGGGAGUCAUAUUUGAUGUUUCUCAUUCCUCUGGAGAGCUCAGGUUCUUUUAUUCAUAUUCAUAUUCAUAUCGCCUCGUCAAUGUGACAAAAUAGACAUCAAAAUAUGCUCAUAUUGCUCAUAGCUGGCUCACACCUACCACUGGACUUGCACAUUGUGAACAUGGGAUACUGGUGAGUUCAUUUGUAUCCCUGAGCAUCAUUCUGUGUAACAAAUGAGAUAGGAUUUACUUGGCCAGCCCACAUAAAAGGUUUGCGACAACCAGAACCUAUCUAUCUGAUGAUACACUGUGGAGCCCUUACCCCAUUAGGAACCACUGAAGUAGUUUGAACUAUUCAGCAUUCAUAUAUAUUCUAUUCAUGCAUAUAGUAGCUUUUUUUAAAAAAAUGCUAGUCUAUAUUUUGCAGAGAGUACUGGGAUACGUGGCCCUGCUGGCUUUUGUAAUUUGGCUUCAUCCCACAGUAGGCUAUUAAUGGAAAUAUAUAUUCUGAGCAAAACAAAUAAAUAACCCCAUGGGUCUUUUGGGGGUUAUUUACAGUUUUUUCUAAAAAAUGCUUGGUACUCUUAGAAAAAUGAAUGAAAUUCGUCGCCAUAUUUUCCCACUGAGUGCAUUACACUGAUAGUAAUUACCCCCCUCCUCCCCCCACUGCCUGCUCCUCGUCCACCGUGACGUCACGGCGGCGCGGCGCGGCGCGGCGGAGCGGAGCUGUCCUCGCGCGGUGGGUGCUGCCGCUGAAACAAGAUGGCUGUGCGCGCAGGAGGAGCAGCAGCGGAGGAGAGCUGAGGCAAUGCAGAGGAGGAGGACGAGGGGGGCGAGGGGUUUCACGCCUGUGUGUGUCUCGUCCUGCCGACAGAGCAACAGCUCCGCAGAGGAACACUGAAGAGGGACAUCUCUGACCCGAUGCUGGUUCGCUUCCGUUACCACUUAGGGUGACGGGUUGAGUUGAGUGAGCGUGUGUGUGUGUGUGUGUGUGUGUUUGGGUUUUUUUUUUUUUUUUGCUAGUAACCAGGAGACUAAACGGGACUGGCCAAACAAAUCACGGAGCACUCAGCAGAGGACAGCCGGGGACGCUCGCACCGCUACCAGAGAUGUCCCUGCUGUGUGUGGGAGUGAAGAAAGCCAAACUGGAUGGACCCCAAGAGAAGUUCAACACGUACGUGACUCUGAAGGUGCAAAAUGUGAAGAGCACAACCAUUGCUGUCAGGGGCAACUUGCCCAGCUGGGAGCAGGACUUCAUGUUUGAGAUCAACCGCCUCGACCUGGGUCUGACGGUUGAGGUGUGGAACAAAGGCUUGAUCUGGGACACCAUGGUUGGCACCGUGUGGAUUCCCCUCCAUAGUAUCCGACAGUCAAAUGAGGAAGGUCCAGGCGAGUGGCUCACACUGGACUCUCAGGUCAUCAUGACUGAUAAUGAGAUAUGUGGCACCAAAGACCCCACUCUCCACCUGGUGCUGCUCGACACACGCUUUGAGCUGCCUCUUGAUAUCCCUGAGGAUGAGGCACGAUACUGGGCCAAAAAACUGGAGCAGAUCAACGCCAUGAGGGACCAAGAUUAUUCAUACCAGGAGGAACAGGAACGCCCUCUCCGUGUACCAGGCACCCAGUGCUGUAACUGGAACAUAUGGGGAGAACAACAAAAUGAGGAUCCAGACAGUGCCGUGGAUGACAGGGACAGUGACUAUCGCAGUGAAACCAGUAACAGCAUCCCUCCUCCCUACUACAGCACGUCUCAGCCCAAUGCCUCAGUCCACCAAUAUCCCAUCACCCACCAGCACCGCAGCUCCAGAAGCCUCUCUUACCCACGCUCAGGCAACAGCCAAGACCUUGACUACCCACAACAGAGGACUGUCAGCCCGACGGGGAGCUAUGGAUCGUCUGCAGAGCUGAGUCGUUGCAGCAGUCAGCUGAGUGAGGAGGAUUAUGGGGGCGAGUAUGGAGAGAGGGAUCCUUAUGAUGAAAACGACUCAUACCACUCCUGCCAUUCCUCAGUUAGCUACAGCAAAGGCUCUCCGGACUGGGACCCCGAUGAGACUCAGGGUGCCUACAGCGAUGAGGGUGGUUACAGCAAGGAUGGGGGAGAGGAGGUGGCUCUGUACGAGGAGGAGGAUGGUGGACUGUAUGAGGGAGAAGAAGAUGGCCUCUAUGAGGAUGAGGAGAUGAUAUAUGAUGAUGAGGAUUUGUACAAUUUCGAUGGGACCCUCAGUGAGGACAUGGAGCCUCCAUUCACUCCCACGCCAACGUCAAAUGCCCCUGCAACUCUUGAUUUACCUAGCUCCAGACCUCCUCUGGAGAAACAGCCCUCCCUACACCAACAGCAGCCCUCUACUCAACCCUCGAUCCAAACAUCCAGCCAGGCUCAUCCUCCUGGCACGGCCCCAGCAGCACAACCCCCCUCUGGUCAACCAACAGCCCAACAACCUAAACAGCCCCAGCCCCAAGCACAGCCUCAGCCUCAGCCACAGCCAGCCCCGUCUGCUACCUCCUUCUUUUCAAUGGCCAAACCUCUAACAGCUGCAGUCACAGGCUUGGCCUCUACUUUCCUGUCUUCAGUUCCCUCCGCCCAGCCUGCCCAGUCCCACCCUCCUGCCUCAGCUGCAUCUCAACAGCACCAGUCUGCUGCAGCCUCCUCCGUCCCUCCAUCCCACCCUUCUAACUCGGCCUCUCAGCCCCCCUCCACCACCAUGGGCCCUUCCUCCCAACAGAUCCCGUCCUCUACACAGCCCCAUUCCCAACUCGGCGAUCCUGCCACCUCACAGUCUGCCGCCCCUGAGGACCAGGCUCCCCAGCUGGAGGAAGAAGCGUGGCUUGAAGAGGAAACGAUGUUUGAGAGGGAGGCCAUGACGCCCCCAGCCCAACCAGAGGAGAAGCCCCCCAUGGAGGAGGAAGAGGAGCAAUAUGAAGAAAGCAGACCACCAACGCCAUUAGAUGAGAUGCAACCUGAGAGCCCUCCAGUUAUAGAGGAGCCCAAAGAGCCAGUAGAUCCAGCAGUCAGAGCCAAAGAGAACUGGCUAAGGCUUUACAACAAGGUCUUAGAGCAGCUUCGGGAGGCCCGAGGAGAGACCUCCAAUUCACUGUGGUUCGGUAAAGGAGGAAUGGGAGGUGCACUCUACAGCAUUGACAGCAUGCCUGACCUUCGCAAAAGGAAAGCCAUUCCUCUGGUCAGAGAUCUGGCCAUGUCUCUGGUGCAGAACUCACGUAAAGCUGGAAUCACAUCAGCCAUGGCUUCCACCACUCUUGGCAAUGAAGAGCUGAAGAGCCAUGUUUAUAAGAAGACCCUCCAGGCUCUGAUCUACCCCAUCUCCUCCACCACUCCACACAACUUUGAGGUGUGGACAGCCACCACACCCACCUACUGCUACGAGUGUGAGGGGCUGCUGUGGGGCAUCGCCCGCCAAGGCAUGCGCUGCUCUGAAUGCGGUGUCAAAUGCCAUGACAAGUGCCAGGAUCUACUCAAUGCCGACUGUCUGCAGCGAGCUGCAGAGAAGAGCUCCAAGCACGGGGCGGAGGACCGCACCCAGAACAUCAUCAUGGUCUUGAAGGACCGCAUGAAGAUCAGAGAGAGGAACAAACCGGAGAUCUUCGAGCAGAUACAGGAAGUGUUUGCCCUCGACAAAUCAACACACGGCGGACACAUGAAACAGAUCAAGCAGAGCGUACUUGACGGGACCUCAAAGUGGUCAGCGAAGAUCAGCAUCACUGUGGUCUGUGCUCAGGGCCUGCAGGCUAAAGACAAAACCGGCUCCAGUGACCCGUAUGUCACCGUCCAAGUUGGGAAGACAAAGAAGAGAACCAAGACCAUCUACGGCAACCUCAACCCUGUCUGGGAAGAAAACUUCCACUUCGAGUGCCAUAACUCGUCUGACCGCAUCAAGGUCCGUGUUUGGGACGAGGAUGACGACAUCAAGUCCCGCGUGAAACAGAGGUUCAAACGUGAGAGCGAUGAUUUCCUGGGUCAAACCAUCAUCGAAGUGCGCACCCUGAGUGGGGAGAUGGACGUUUGGUACAACCUGGACAAGAGAACAGAUAAGUCUGCCGUGUCGGGAGCCAUCCGGAUGCACAUAAGUGUGGAGAUCAAGGGAGAGGAGACGGUAGCUCCUUACCAUGUCCAGUACACCUGUCUACAUGAGCAUCUGUUCCAGUACACCACCGAGGAGCAGAAUGGAGGUGUAGUAAAAAUCCCUGAUGCCAAAGGCGAUGAUGCCUGGAAGGUUUAUUUUGAAGAAACGGCUCAGGAGAUAGUGGACGAGUUCGCCAUGAGAUAUGGAGUAGAGUCCAUCUACCAGGCCAUGACCCACUUUGCCUGCUUGUCAUCCAAGUACAUGUGUCCAGGAGUGCCAGCUGUGAUGAGCACCCUGCUGGCCAACAUCAACGCUUACUACGCCCACACCACCCAGUCCUCCAACAAUGUUUCUGCCUCGGACAGAUUUGCUGCAUCAAACUUUGGCAAGGAGAGGUUCGUCAAACUGCUGGAUCAGCUGCACAACUCCCUGAGGAUCGACCUGUCCAUGUACCGGAAUAACUUUCCUGCCAGCAGUCCUGAACGAUUACAAGAUCUCAAGUCGACUGUUGAUCUCUUGACAAGCAUCACAUUCUUCAGGAUGAAGGUCCAGGAGCUGCAGAGUCCCCCGAGGGCGAGCCAGGUGGUGAAGGACUGCGUGAAAGCCUGUCUUAACUCCACCUACGAAUACAUUUUCAACAACUGCCACGACCUCUACAACAGGGAAUAUCAGACAGACCCCUCGAAGGCUGUCCCUCCAGAUGAGCAGGGUCCCAACAUCAAGAACCUAGACUUCUGGUCCAAACUCAUCACCCUCAUCGUCUCCAUUAUUGAGGAGGACAAAAACUCAUACACUCCUUGCCUUAAUCAGUUUCCCCAAGAACUGAACGUGGGCAAGAUAAGCGCUGAGGUCAUGUGGAAUAUGUUCGCACAAGAUAUGAAAUAUGCCAUGGAGGAGCACGAGAAGCACCGCCUGUGUAAAAGUGCAGAUUAUAUGAACUUGCACUUCAAGGUGAAGUGGCUCUAUAAUGAAUACUGCAAGGAGCUGGUCACUUUCCAGAAGCACGUACCUGAGUAUCCAGCCUGGUUUGAGCCAUUUGUCAUCAUGUGGUUGGAUGAAAACGAGGAAGUGUCCAGAGACUUUCUCCAUGGAGCCCUGGAGAGGGACAAAAAAGACGGGUUCCAGGUCACAUCAGAACAUGCAUUGUUCUCCUGCUCGGUGGUGGAUGUGUUCUCUCAGCUCAAUCAGAGCUUUGAAAUCAUCCGCAAACUGGAGUGUCCAGACCCCCAGAUCGUUGGCAACUACAUGAAGAGAUUCGCCAAGACCAUCGGUAACGUCCUGUUGUCUUAUGCUGACAUCAUAGCAAAGGAGUUUCCGAAUCAUGUCAAGAAGGAGAAAGUGCCAUGUAUCAUCAUCAAUAACAUCCAGCAGCUCAGAGUUCAGUUGGAGAAGAUGUUUGAGGCCAUGGGAGGCAAAGACCUCAAUGUGGAGGCGAGUGACUUCCUGAAGGAGCUGCAGAACAAACUCAACAGCGUCAUGGACGACCUCAGCCGCAUCUUUGCAGUCAGUUUCCAGCCCCAGAUCGAGGACAACGUGAGGCAGAUGGGGGACAUUCUAGCUCAAGUCAAAGGUCAGACUGUGCCGGCCAAUGGCAGCGUGGUUCAGGAGGCCGACAAUGUCCUACAACCCAUCAUGGACUUCCUGGACAGCAACCUGUCCCUGUUUGCUAAGAUCUGUGAGAAGACGGUCCUGAAGAGAGUGUUGAAGGAGCUGUGGAAACUGGUGAUGAACACAAUGGAAAAAACUAUUGUUCUUCCAACACUUACUGACCAGACGCAGGGCACCCAGAUGAUCUUCAAUGCCGCUAAGGAGUUGGGCCAGCUUUCGAAGCUCAAGGAGCACAUGGGGCGAGAGGAGGCCAAAGCUCUGACUCCUAAACAGUGUGCAGUAAUAGAGCUGGCACUGGACACUAUUAAGCAAUACUUCCAUGCCGGUGGCGUGGGCCUGAAGAAAACCUUUCUGGAGAAGAGUCCGGAUCUGCAGUCGCUGCGCUACGCCUUGUCACUGUACACGCAGGCCACGGACAAACUCAUCAGGAAGUUUGUCCUCUCACAGAGCGCUCAGGUCCACGGAGGGAAGGGGCUCAGGUGCACGGCGAACGAAGACACACCGCCAGAGAAAGCAUCUGGAGUGGAUGCAGUUGGCGAGGUGGUCAUGGGCGUGGACAUCUUACCACAACCGAAUGGAGAACACAAGAUCAGUGUCAAAGUGGUGGCCGCCAAUGACCUGAAGUGGAAGGCGCAGGGCUUCAGGCCCUUUGUGGAGGUCUACAUCAUCGGCCCUCACCUCAGUGACAAGAAGAGGAAAUUUGCCACCAAGUCCAAGAACAACACCUGGUCUCCCAAGUUCAGCGAGAGCUUCCAGUACUCCCUCGGCACCGAGGUGGGUCCGGAGAGCUACGAGCUGCAGGUCUGCGUGAAGGACUACUGCUUCGCCAGAGAGGACCGCACGGUGGGAAUGGCCGUGCUGCAGGUGAAGGACAUCGCCAACAAGAGCAGCGUCACCUGCUGGAUGCCGCUGGGCAGACGCGUCCACAUGGACGAGACGGGCCUGACGGUGCUGCGCAUCCUCUCGCAGCGCAACAACGACGACGUGGCAAAGGAGUUUGUGAAGCUCAAGUCGGACCAGCGCUCGGCCGAGGAGGGCCGCAGCUGAGGGGGGAGGAGGAGGAGAGAGACACACCUGAUGGAACAUAGUAUUAUGCACACAUGUACAACUCACACCCUCAUAUAGAUAGGCAACCAUGUGCAACACACGAGCACACACAUGAAAACGCUCCAUAGAUCUGCAUACGUUAUGCAACACUUACAUUGCAAUGGCAUCAAUGCAAACAUGAAGGAAUAUGUUGACAAAAAAAGAAAAAUCUCAUUUUAAUUUAGAAUAUUUCUAAUGAAACCUCUCGGUUGAACGUUACCCUCACGUUAUCAAGCACUCGUCGACCCGCCACUCACUCUUUCCUAUAACACAUCCCACCCUUUUUUAUACGCUGUAAAUUCCGAUGUGACAUAAGAACACACGAGGAGCAGCGACCAUGUGAAUAGUUUGAGAGAGACCACUUUGCACUUUUUGCUUCUGUGUCUUCAGGAGAGCAGCCUCUGCCCAGCUAUGCUUCGUCCGCCUGCUUUGCCUGCCUGUCCGUCUGUGUUCCCCUCCCCUUGUUUCAUCUGCGUGUCCCCCCCCCCCCCGGUGUGAUGUGUUGUGUGAGGUAGAGAUCGGGCACAGAGCUCAGAUUAGCUUCACUUAUGCCCCAAAAACACAAACAGAGAAAAACGCUGAACACGGAGGCAACAUCUCUCCACUAGUCUGUCCCGUGAAGUACUAAAAUCCAGUAUGACCACUCCAGGAACACUGUGAUUCACUCCACUGCAACCACGGCAACCGCUCCCCUCAUAAAAGACGGGCGCCUCCGAUAUUUGACCCCUGGUACAGUUAGGUUUCGCAAAAUCAGACCUGACCAACCUCCACGAUCCUGGAGAGAAAAAAAAACCCAACGGUGGAACGAUGCUGAGCCUCCCAUGUGUGAUGUCUUCGUUAAAGGCGAAAAUUUGAAAGUGCGCGUUUUUUUUCUACAACUCCUCGUGCUUCACUUCACGAAAAACGGAGCAAUACCCCCAGCGUUGAACGCAGCCACACCCCUGGAGCGACGCGUUAUCUCCAGAAAGGGCUACGCGACGAGUGGACUGGGACGGUGUGGCGAAGGUUUUCCCCCACAACACGAUUCAGAGAGUCUUUCGUGAGGGACACUGUGGAGGAAGUUUGGGGGGGAAAAAAUAAAUCCACAUGAAGCCAAGAAGGACACAACUGGAACACUUUCCUCCCGGUCGCCUGCACACGCACCCAAACCCACCUCUUUAAGGCAAUAGUGGUCUGUUCGUAUGUUCACUGAAGGUUUUUAUGACGAAUGAACCCUCUGUGAACACUGCUGUCUUUUGUUAAUGUGUGCGUGCAUGUGUGUGAAGGUGUGUGUGUGUGUGUGUGUGUGUGUGUGUGUGUGUCUAUGUGUGUCUAUGUGUGUGUGUGUGUGUGUGUGUGUGUGUGCGUGUGUGUGCUGACUGUCACUCUCGUAAAAUGGGCUCUGAGACUGUGAGCAAUAUAUUGUACUGAAACACCCCAAAUGUAUGCGCUGUCAGUAUAAGUACUGGAGCACCAACUGCAAUAUCCAGAUCCAAGGAAUGGGAAAUGUAUGAUUCUUUUUUAUUUUAUUUUUGAGAUUGUAAAUCAUUUAGAUAUUUUAUUUAUGGACUAAAAAUCCCCAUUCCUUUUUUAAAGCUUUUUUCUCAAAUGUUUUGAAUACGAGAGAUGGAAAGUGUUCAUUAACUAUUUUUGCCUUUAGCAGGACCAAAUUUGCACGAACCAGGGCCUCAUGUUUGUUUGUUUGUUUGCUUUUCCAAAGAAAGAAGCCAUCAGAGUCACCGCCAAGCAUUUACGGUGUCCAAGUGUUAGUCUCGUCACGUGCUUUGAGGAAGCCCUUUAUCUGUCACUGGCAAAAAAGGUUCACGGUCGUAGUCUGGCUCGUCUCUUAGUGUGUGAAACUGUGAAAUGAUGGCGUCUGCAACAUUUAGGAAACACUUGCAGGAUGUCUUUCGUGACAUCGCUGCUGGUCUCCACUGAAUCCUGCUUAACGGUACCAAAUACAACACUUCUGAUUGGUCCUCAGCAGAGCCUUCAUUCUACAAUCAAUGGGAUGUUUAAUCACAUGCCUUUUGAUUUAGGCCUCCAGAUUUCACUCACAUGGUUUUUUUGGUGUGUGUGAUUUAUUUCUGGGAGAGAAGGGCCCUCUGUGUAAUACACAGUGCAGUACAUUUUGUUCCUUUGUUGUCGAAGUAAUCCCAGGGCUCAAUAUGAAACUUGACAUGUCAGGUUGCACCUCACAUAAAAUACUCAUCCCGCUUGUCAGUUGCCUGCUUCAUGUAUUCACACACACACACACACACACACACACACUCACAGACACACACACACUCACAGACACACACUCACGCACACACACACACACAUCCCUGCUCAAGCACAAAAGGGCACGUGUCAGACGACACACACGCAUGCAUGCACGCCGACACAAACCUGUGGAGACCAAUGACGCCCACUCUGUGAAUAGAACCAACUUACAAUUGCAUGAUGGGAAACUUUAUUGUGCCAGCACGUGUCUCUUUCGAUGUUACUUGCCUUUUCUUUAGUUUUCCUUUCUUGGUUUUUUUCUCUUCAAAAUGGCUUGUGAAUACGUCUCCUGUAACCAAUAUGAAUGUAGUGUGAACACAGAACUUGCAUGAAAGAAUUAUUUUCUACUAAGGAUGUUUCUAAUUUGUUUCUUAUCAUUAUUGAUUGUUCUCUAACGACGACGGAGAUGAACUGGAAUGCAGCCUGAUCCUGAUCUGCUUCCUAUUAAAAGGGCAUUUAUGCCACAAUCUCAA